AAAACCAUGAAGCGAGUGCUUAUUGUCAUCCUGAUCGUGGGCGCCGCGGCAUGCUCAGCACUCUCCAAGGACAAAAAUGGCGACCAGAAGUCAGACAUCAAUGGUAACAAGCAAUUCAUGAAAACUGACGAAGACGCCCAGAUCUUAGGAGAGACCCUGAUCAACGUUGCUGAAGCCAUCAAAGAGGAGGCUCGCCACCCGACCUUGCGCGAUGAUCAGUCUGUCGAGUACUUCUUCAAGAAACUUUUUCGCAAGAAGAUUGUUAGGCAGAUCGGCAAGGCCGGCGCGGAAAUCGGCAAGAAAUUUUUGGGGCAGAAAGCCCAAGAAGCCAUCCAGCAGAAGAUGAGGGAGCGUGGAUACUACACUCUAGAUGAGGGCGGAAACCACAGCAACUACCUUUUUGCAAUCUCGGAAGAAGUCGAAAGGCUCGGCAAAGACUUAAUCGCCAAACGUCCCGAUCUCUACGAUAACCCUGUUCAAAAGAAGCAAACGCCAGUUUAUGAAAAAGAACAACCGUUUGUAAAGGACUACCGCAGAGGCUAGUAUUCUAUUCUCGCACCUCCAGAGAUACUGAUAAUAAAUUACUAUGAAACCUGUGA